AUGUUCUGCAGUAUCGACGAAGUAAGUUUGUCCACCCCCGUUCGGCUUCACCCGGUUCGCUCUGCAGGUCAGUGUUAUAGUGCUCGCACGGGCGGAAAUGCCUCGGCAAUUUGUGACACAGUGGCCAACGGCGAAUUGGAAACGGGGUUCGUCCAAGCGCGUGAAGACUAUUCCGAUUUCAACUGCAAAAGUAUCUUGGAAGGGAUCUAUGCGUUUGAUUACCGUAUUGUGGGCAGUACCGGGCUGUGCAGUAGUCCGUUCAGUACAAUCAAAGCAUGCCAACGACAGGGCAGUCCGCUUCGGGAUAAUUCUGUGUUCGAACAGACAUUUGGCUAUUGCCCAAAUUUUCAAGAUGUCUCUAUUUUGGAGGAUCCGAAUAUUGUGUUCGGAAAGGCGAACAUAUGGCGAUGUUACGGUCGAUGGACCGAUCGGGAAAAUAAUAUUUGGGCUGCAAUCGCGUACGAUACGAACCAGUUGAAAUUCAGAUAUCGAUGCCUUACAACCCGAAUCGAUCAGCAAAAUCCGUAUGAUUUAUACUACUGGGGUAUGUCAAUUGAUUCCGACUGUAAGGUGAUGCAUAACUAUCAGACUGCUCCAAUUCGUCUGGAGCUGCAUCCAGCAUUCGAUACCUCCACUCAACUGGUCGAACUUCAACCGGGUUGCAAGUUACCCACAAAUUUCAGCGGAACAUGGUUCUAUCCUAGCGAAUAUCAGACAUCGGUCGUCAUCAAUUCCACUCACAUCUACAUGAAACGCAAACGAGCCGAAUAUGUGUACGAUCACAUCUAUUACGUUUGUCGUCAGCAACAGGAAUCUCGCUAUCUGAUGGCCGUCGUUACAUUGGGCAAAUGUGAAACCGACUUCAUGUGCUUUGAUUUCAUGCCACGUCAUCACAACAUCAUACGUUUUCGCAUGGGACGACCGUUUCCCUUGCUUCAACGGGAACGAGAAUCCAUGGGCGAUAGUUAUAUGCAACGUCUUUAUCGAGAAGCGUGUCACUGGAGUUCUUUCACCCUGAACUACAUAGAGUGGACGUAUGAAUACUUUAUCCAAGAUCCCCCGGUACCGAUCAAUUGUCCAAUUCAAGGAAAAUACAAAUUUAUACAACGCGGGCAAGAACAGGAGAAAUAUCGAACAUUGAUUCCGGGUGGAGUGACUCCUAGACCAUGGUUACAAGUGACCAACAAUUUCCGUUGCUGGGUCUAUAAACGCAUUGGAUUUCGUAACUAUCUGAUGUCUCGUGGACGUGGAAAUCAAUGCUCAAAAAUGCAAACAGCCGAAUCAUCGUUGCCGGAAGAGGGUGCCUCAUUGCUUCUAGAACUGAUCGAGGAUGAGUUGCAAUUCGAUGUGUGUCCAAUGUCCUGGGACGAUGGCCGCAAUCCUUAUGCAAACCCGGCUGUGUUGGAUGUAUACGCCCGUGGUGCACCGUUCGCCAGUGUCGGUCUGCGGAUUCUGUGGACUUCGGCGCUAAUUACAUUAUUCCACCAGUGA